AAUACCUCUCGGCCAACCAUUGGCCCGCUACCGAACCCCGCAAAACCACCCCUCGGGGGAUUCUUUUCGCGAGGUGGGACGUCCAUUUCAUCAUCGUGUUAUUUCUCCCUCGUCUCUUCUUCUGUUUCGCACACUAUAGUAUAUACCAAUUUAGUGAUACAAAAUGCAAGCCGCAAACCGUCUCCAACAAGCUCUCCGCACCGAGCGCGGGCUCUCCUUUGGCGCAUGGCAGAUGCUUCCGGGUGCGAACCAUGCGCGGUUUAUGGCUAGGACUGGCUACGACUGGAUCUUGGUUGAUACGGAGCAUGGGAAUAUUGCUGAUUGGCAAAUGCACGAGGCCGUGGCUGCGAUUGCUGCCGAAGGAGUCAGUCCGAUUGUGCGGAUUGCUGCUAAUGAGGGAUGGAUGGUGAAGCGAGCUUUGGACACAGGAGCACAUGGUGUUGUCGUUCCGCUUCUUUACACUGCAGAUGACGCCCGGAGAUUAGUCGAGUCCGCUAAAUUCCCUCCUGUUGGACGAAGAGGAUUCGGUAGUCCUUUUGCCAUGGGUAACACAGGGAAGGUUUCCGCAACGGAGUACCUCCAAACCGCCAACGACUCGCUUCUCACGAUUGUUCAGAUUGAGACCAAGGAGGCUCUUGAGAAUGUCGAGGAAAUCGCAAAGGUCCCCGGUAUUGACGUCUUGUUCAUCGGCCCUUGGGAUCUAGGAAACAACAUUGGCCGUCCUGUCCUGGGAGAAUUCCACGAAGACCUGAGCGCUGCUAUUGACCGGAUAUACAAGGCAGCUGUGGACAAUGGUAAGAGAGUCGGUAUUUACUGCGCGGGCGGUGCAGCUGCGAAGAAGUACGCGGACCAGGGCUUCCACAUGAUCUCCGUUGUUGCUGAUGUUGUCGCCCUUCCCACAUUCCUUUCUAACGCGCUGGAAACCGCCAGCUCCUAGACCCCCCCCCCACUUUAUCAGAAGAUAAUGAUAUCCAAAUAGAGUAUCUUGCAUAACCAUCUUGUAUUAUCCACGCGUAUGCGA